UUGUGUCUUGCAAAAGUUUGUAGUGACCUGGGUACCAAAGAGUUACUUCAUUUUAUUCAGCUUUAUAUCAAGCUUUUGAUAUUUCUUUCAAGCUCUCGGUUCUGCUUUUCCCGUCUGUGCACACAGAAUAACUCAGCUACGAAAAAUGAUCUCUACGUAUCAGAACACUCAGGAUUCACCGUUACACUGGGGGGAUGGCGUUGUUAUUACCUGCUAUUUUGUGUUGGUUUUGGCUGUCGGGAUUUGGUCCUCUCGACGAACCGUCCGAUCUGGAUCUGUAUCAGACUAUUUUUUGGCUGGAAGGAGCAUGAACUUUAUACUGGUGGGAACUUCACUUUUUGCUUCCAACAUCGGAUCUGGUCACUUCAUAGGGCUUGCUGGGAGCGGCGCUGCCACAGGGAUCGGGAUAGCGGCCUAUGAGCUUAAUACUGUUUUUAUAACAUUGAUCUUGGGAUGGAUUUUUGUGCCGGUUUACAUCGCUGCCGGAAUUUACACUAUGCCAGAGUAUCUACAAAGGCGUUACGGGGGUCGACGGAUUCAGAUAUUCUUAGCGGUGCAAACGCUAUUUCUCUAUGUAUUUACAAAGAUUUCGGCUGAUUUAUUUGCGGGAGCAAUUUUUAUUGAGCAGUCGUUGCAGUGGAAUUUAUAUUUGAGUACAGCCAUUUUGCUGUUUAUUGCGGCAGUUUUUACGAUUUACGGUGGUUUAGGCGCCGUUAUAUGGACCGAUUUCGUGCAAUGUGUGAUUAUGUUGGCGGGAGCUUUGGCCCUUUUAAUCGUUGUAAUGGUGAAAGGGGGCUACCAGUCGCUAAUCACGAAAUUCCCUCUCGCCAAGCCGGCAGAAAUCUGGCCUAACCGAACUGAAUGCGCUCAGGUUCCUGAGAACUUCCUGCACUUACUACGCGAUCCGCAGGAUGCUGAAGUGCCGUGGCCGGGAAUAGUGUUCGGACUCUCUAUAUCAUCCAUUUGGUUCUGGUGUUCCGAUCAAGUCAUUGUCCAGCGUGUUUUGGCCAGCAAAAAUGUUUCCCACGCCAAAGCUUCUUGUGUAAUUGGCGGUUAUCUGAAGCUGCUGCCGAUGUUUUUCAUGGUAUUUCCAGGAAUGGCGGCACGAGUAUUAUUUCCAGACGACGUAGCUUGCGUAAAUCCCGACAUCUGUGAACGCGUGUGUGGAUCCAAGUUAGGAUGCACCAACAUUGCUUAUCCUAAGAUCGUACUGGAACUGAUGCCGCACGGUUUAAGAGGAUUAAUGCUGGCGGUUAUGAUGGCAGCAUUGAUGAGCUCUUUAACCUCCAUUUUUAACAGCAGCUCCGCUAUAUUCACCAUCGAUAUAUGGAAGAGUUUUCGCAAGACCGCCUCGGAAACCGAGUUAGUUAUCGUUGGAAGGAUUAUAACCGGGGUCAUGAUUGUGGUGUCAUUUCUGUGGGUGCCGGUUAUAAAAGCUACGCAGAAAUCUCAGCUCAUCCAUUACAGUCAGUCCAUCACUUCCUACUUGGCACCUCCAAUUGCAUCCGUAUACUUCCUGGGAGUCUUUACUACAAGAAUUAACGAGAAAGGAGCGUUCUGGGGAUUGAUAGUUGGACUCAUAAUAGGAAUUGUGCGUUUUAUUCUGGAGUUUUUCGUAUAUCCGAGUGUGCCAUGUGGGGAAAUCGACCGUCGUCCAAGCAUAAUAAGAAAUAUCCAUUACCUGCAUUUUGGAAUAAUACUUUUUCUGUUGUGCGUUUUCGUCAUUGUUUCGAUCAGCCUUCUCACCGAAUCGCAGGACCCACGACCACUUGCUCGCGUGACGUUUUUAACCCGGCAUAAUCCCAUGGACAGAGGUUAUGAGACUGACAAUUCGGAUACCAAUAUUGGUAAAAUCGACAUGGAUAUGGUGGAGACAGAAGAAGAACCAAAAACCUGGAUCCAAAAAUGCGGUGUCAUCUGUUGCAUCACGGAGCAUAUUUCAACGCCACUUUCCACAGCGGAAAUACAGCAACAUGAGCAACGAAUUACGGAAUUAAACGAGAAUAUUGUUAUGAAGCGCGCUUCAACGGUUGCGGCAUUCUUUCUUAUGGUUUUUGGGAUUUUUUGCUUUGGAUACUAUGCUUAAUAUGCUUUUGGAAAAACAGCCACCGGGAAUGCCGGAUCUUUGUUCGCCGAAUUUUUGACCUGAGCUGUGUAUCUUUCGAUAAUUUCUACAAAACAUACUCUUAUUUUAUGAUCAGUGAACUACUUUUGCACAUCGUUUUCACCGGGAAAGCAUCGAUGCACUGCCUUCAAAAUGUUUUGAUACUGAUAUCACUGGUCGAUAUUACUGUAAGCAAACGCUACUAAAAUUGCGGUAAACCUACCAAAUGGUCAGUGAAGUUACGAUAAA